ACAUUAGUGAUGUCAAAAAUGAGUCUUUCGGUGGCUACAAGUAAUAACAAUAACGACGAAAUUGCUGUGUCAGCAAGAUGGUCAGCUUUACGCGCUGCCGCCAUACGUCGAGGAAGUGCAAGGCGUUUGCGUCGCGAGAUCGCCGCGUUGAGAGAAACUCUUGACGACAUCUGCGAGCCUGGUGACUGUGCUCCCCAACCACACACUAGAGCUCAGUUGCACAGGAGGAUCGAGGAGCUUAAGGAGCGCCUUUCCCGCCUCUUAGAAUGCAAGGUGUCAAUGCUGAAACUGACAGUGUCCGUGAGACGCGCGUUAGGAGAGAUGGAGUCAGAUGACAGCGGUCUAACUGGAGACUUGACAGCGUUACUGGCUGCUUGGGAUGACGCCCAUCAACGCACAUCUAACGAGCUACUCUCGCUGGAGAAGGCGGUUUGUGCGUGGGCGGAAUGGGAAAGUGCACUGAGGGAGUUGCAAGGCGCUCUCAGAGGCGAUCUCGCGACUUUGCAAGCGUUGCGCGAUCGUGGCGCGGCUCUGGCUGAUCAUGCGGAACUUGCGGCUCAUGUACGCCAGUUGGCUGCUUCUCUUCUCGAUAAGAAAAAGGGUGGGUCGACAUGCGACUCAUUAUCGGAUUCUGGUAUUUCUGACGGGGACAGUGAAGGCGCAGGAACGCGGGCUCGGAGACUGGGAGCUCUAAGAGAGCUGGCUCGUCGCUUGCAAGCGGCGCUUGCACCCAACUCGCCUGCUCAUCGGGCCAUUGCUAAGCGUAUGGAACAAACUGAAAAUGAAGUGAAAACUUUGCAAGAAUCUUGCCGUGCAUUAGUUGAACAGAACAUUCCUGACUUCAAAAUCGACGAAGUCUCACGGGAUCACGCUAUCGCCAUUUCAAGCAAUAAAACUGGUGCUGGUGACCCUGAUUACAAUCCACGUAGCGGCUGGGUAUGGCGCGUACUUCGUUCCUCCAUUCCCAUACAACUUUGCCUCGUGGCCUUACUCCUGGCAGCCUGGCUGGUAGAGCGACCAAGGUGUUGCGACGCCUUAAACUCGCUAGCUCAAACAUUAACACCACAGUUGCGCUACGUACGCGGACCGCCGCCUGUCUGAACGCGCCUUUACAACUCACGUGUUAAGUGACAGCUGUCAAUGUGGCAUAUUUUAAUUUGACGUGUGUCAAUGUGACAUAUCAGUAUUGCCACGUGUAAAAAGAUCUAUAGGACAAUUUAUGUCCUAGUUACAUUUCACGUAGUAUUACGCUACUCGAAUAGGUAGUUUGGUUACAUGUUGAUGAAUUGCAAUAGCAAUAAUUUGUCCUACCUUGUAGCAUUGUUUGUAAUAGCUAGUUUUAUCUACAUAUCGAACUAGGAGUUGUAGAAACUAGGGUAACAUCUAUGAAUGUCUAUCGUAUGGAGACGUCUGCAAAAAUGUUUUUGUAUAUGACUACAUUUAACAUUUAGAAAGGAAUAACGGUUUAUAAAAAAACUAUAAAAAUAAACGGAGAAAUAGAUAUAUUUCUACUAAAAAAUAUUUCUUCCGAUUAUUUAAAAAAAAAUUAUAUUACCUAUAAUCAAAAAAGGUAGAAAGAAAAUAGAUAGAUAAAGAUAGCUAGCUAUUUAGCUAUUACUUGUGUGGAACGAAUAAGGAACGCAAUAUUGACUUUAUUGCAAGUCUUAUUUUUAAGGUUGUGACACCUAGAACAUCCCAUUUUAGUAAAUUGUACUAAUGUUUUAUUUUAUUUUUGUCGAUUAGUACUUUUUCUAUUAUAAACGAUGGUGCGGUUGUUUAUGUUAUUAGCAUUUGGUUAUUUAAUAACGAUACAAGGUGGUGAAGCUGUUUUAUUAAAAGCUCACGUUGCAUGACAGAAGGAAAUCAAUGACUAAGUUGAUUGUUAGAAUAAAAAAUAAGUUUUUCUGUUCUAACGUUUUUGGAAUGUGGUUUUGUAAGCUCUAUAAUUAAUAGACUAAUAUAUAUUAUCCACUCUCUAUGGAGUUUAGAGUAAGUACGAUUAUUUCCUGCAUUUUAUUAGGACCAUACUUAACAUUAGGAACCACGGAUUGCUCAUAGCAAGAGUUCAAAUAAAUUAAAAGAGAAAGU